GUAAACCGGAAGCGACGCCCUCGAGAGCUGAGCAUAUGAUUUUGUAUGCACCAUUUUUAAAGAACUUAUUUUAUUCUUAAAUGAGGGACAUAUCCGCUUGAUAGUUGUUGUUUUUUUUUAAGUGAUAUAAUGCACUGAUGCAUACAAAUGCCCAUUUUUACGGAUUGACUUUAUAAACUUUAGUCUUCAGAGAUAGUUCUACAUACUGUAAUGUAAUGAAGUUGGGAUCAUCACUUUGCUACAUUAAAGCCUGUACAAAUCUGAGGACAUAGGAAUUUCCUGUAGAUUAUUAUGGCCCAAGAAAAAGAUGGAGGAGUUGGGUCAUCGGCCAGUCAGUUUCCCCAUCAGUCCACAGAUUCAUGUGAAAGGAUUUUGUCAGAAGAAGAGUUGGAAAAACUGAAGAAUGACCAGGUUUUGGUGUCAGAAUUUAAGCAGCAGAGGUUGGAGAUUGAUGCUAAAAAAAACUGGGACUUAUUUUACAAAAGGAAUACCACAAACUUUUUUAAAGACAGGCACUGGACAAAAAGAGAAUUUGAAGAACUUAAAGCUUGCAGACAGUUUGAGGCCCAGAAGCUGGUGAUGCUGGAGGCUGGAUGUGGAGUUGGUAAUUGCAUCUUCCCUUUGUUAGAAGAAGACCUCAACAUCUUUAUCUAUGCAUGUGACUUUUCACCUCGAGCUGUACAGUUUGUGAAGGAAAACUCUCUGUACCAUCCAGAGCGAUGUCUGGCAUUUCAGUGUGACCUGACUAAAGAUGACCUCCGGGCCACCAUUUCAGAAAACAGUCUAGAUGUUGCCACUCUGAUAUUUGUCCUGUCAGCUAUUCAUCCUGACAGAAUGCAACAAGCCGUGGAAAACAUUUAUCAGGUAUUAAAACCAGGAGGAAUUGUCUUGUUCAGAGACUAUGGCCUCUAUGAUCACGCCAUGCUGAGGUUUAAGUCCGGGAGCAAGCUUGGGGAGAAUUUCUAUGUGAGACAGGAUGGCACUCGUUCCUUUUUCUUCUCCAGAGAGUAUCUGGCCAAUCUGUUUCAGCAGGUGGGGUUUCAGACUCUUGUAAACGAAUAUGUUCUGAGAGAAACUGUGAACAAAAAGGAAGGACUGUGUGUUCCACGAGUAUUUCUCCAGAGUAAAUACCGCAAGCCUGAAUGACUGUGGUUUCAUCAAUGCUUUAUUGAUAAAUACAUGUAAUUCAGUGACUAUAGACCAUAUGUCUAAGCAUUGUAUGAGUCAGUGUCAGUUUUAAGUGAAAGAAGUUUCAUAACUUUGAUCAGGUAUCAAAUAAAUUCAAUGUUUUGUAUGAUCUUACUGUAUUAAUUAAUUUAAUGCACUUUUGUUAUGCAACAGAGAGUGAGACAAAUGUCUGGACAUGCUCACUUCAGUUAACCAUAACCCUGUCGUUACCACCUUUUAACACAAGUGGGCAGCAUAUCAGCAUAAAUGAUUGAAUGAAUGAAUGAAUUAAUCAAUUAAUUAAUAAACAAGCAUUAAGUGGUAAGCUUAA